AUGAUCAUUAACAAUAAACUCGUUUACACACUCCCUAUCUCUGAACCUCGUAAUGGUGAAACUGCCGUCUACCGUCAUCCCUUGGCAAUUGAUGGAUUCAAAUAUCUCCCUGAUGCUACCACAAAAACCAUCCAAGAUGUCAUUGAAUUAGCUGUGAAGAAAUAUGCUGACAGAGAAUUCAUCGGUUCUCUCAAUCCAAGUACUGGAAAAUAUGAGUACAAGUCUUACAAGCAAAUUUAUGAUUUAGGAUAUGCUAUUGGCUCUGGUUUAGUUAAGCUUAACCUCACCAAUCAUGUUGAAGAAUUCAUGGAUUACAAGCUCGAUGUUAUUGGUAUUUAUUGUUAGAAUAGAGAAGAAUGGACAAUUUGCGAUAUGGCUAAUGCUAUGUUUGGUUUCACAAUGAUUCCUCUUUACGAUACUUUAGGUCAAGAUGCCAUUUCCUUCGUAUUAGAAGACUCUAAUAUCACUGCUUGCUAUGUCUCAGCAAAGACUUUACCAAGCUUAUUAUCAUUGAAGAGACUCCAUAAUUUAAAAACUAUUAUUUCUUUCGAUGAAGUUCCUCUUUAGCUCUAAUAGAUUGUCAAGCAAAAGGGACUCAAUUUAAUCUUCUUAAAUUAAGUUAUUGAAGCAGGAAAGAAAAAUCCUUCUCCUAAGAGACCUGUUUUACCUUCAAGCAUUUUUACUUUCUCCUAUACAUCAGGAACAACUGGUAAUCCUAAGGGUGUUAUGAUCACUCAUAAGAAUGUAGUUGCUGCCAUCACUACUCAAUAAUUAAGUGAUUUUAGAUUCUUUGAAACUGAUACCCAUUUAUCCUACUUACCUCUCCCACAUAUUUUUGAGCGUUUCGUUAAUUGCACUUGCUGGUACGCUGGAUGCAGAAUUGCUUUCUACUCUGGUAACACUUAAAAUUUACUUCAAGAUUGCCAAGCUGCUCAACCUACUGUUUUCAUCUCUGUUCCUCGUCUCUUUAACAGAUAUUAUGACUUCUGUAUGACUCAUUUAAGAAGAAGAUUUAGUGACACUGAAAUAGAUUUUGCUAUUGCCACAAAGCUCAUCGAUAUAUAAGAAAAGGGACAAUACAACAAUGCCUCAUUAGAUUAUUUAAUGUUUGACGAACUUAAGAGAUUCUUUGGUGGAAAGAUGAGAAUUCUUUUAAGCUCUUCUGCUCCUAUUUCUCGUAAAGUCCUUGAAUUCUACAAGGUUGCUCUUUCCUGCCCAGUCUUAGAAGGUUAUGGAUAAACUGAAGCUACAGGUGUUAAGUCUUUGACUGUUGCAAUUGAUCCUGAGUCAGGACAUGUUGGUGGUAUUUUACCAAGUUUGGAAAUGAAGCUUGUUGAUGUCCCAGAAAUGAACUAUCAUGCAACUGAUAAGGAUGAGUAAGGAUAUCCUCUUCCUAGAGGUGAAAUCUGCACUCGUGGUGCCAGUAUUUUCUAACAAUAUUACAAAUAGCCCAGCAAGACAAAGGAAACUAUUGAUGAAGAAGGAUGGAUGCACUCUGGAGAUAUUGGAGUCAUGUUACCCAAUGGUGCCUUUAAAGUUAUUGACAGAAAGAAAAAUAUUUUCAAAUUGAGUUAAGGUGAAUACGUUGCACCUGAAAAAGUUGAAAAUAUUUAUGUUAGAGCUAGAGGUGUUGCUGAAGCUUUUCUCUAUGGAGAUUCUGUCCAAAACUUCUGUAUUGGUAUUAUUGUUCCCAACCCUGAAGAAAUUAAAAAGAUUGCUGCAGAACUUAAUGUUGAUCCUAAUCGCAACUUAAGAGAAUUAUGUGCUAACCCUAAAAUUAUAUAAUUCUACUAAAAAAAUAUAUUAGCUCAUGGUAAAAAGGAAGGUCUCUUUACUUUCGAAUAGGCAUAAAGAAUUUAUCUUGAGCCUGAAUCCUUACAAACUCAUGGCUGUUUGACUGGAUCAAUGAAAAUGUAAAGACACAUUGCUAAUAAAGUAUUUAAACCAGUUAUUGAUAUGCUUUAUAGUCAUGAUGGCAAAACAGAAGUAGAAUAAUUAGUUCCUGCACAACCCAGACUUUGA